CAUGUGAUCUCUCCCUGAGCAAACUCCCCAGUCCAGACAUUAAGGGGUAGUCCUUUCCAACUGCAUUUGCAUCGUUCUAGCAUUUUCUAAUGUUAAUUCCUCCCACAAUCCUGCAAUGCCGGCAUCCUCCAAUGGGGCCUCUCAUAAAUGGUUCUACUGCAACUGCUUUUGUUAUCUCUGCUUGGGAGGGGAAGUUACCAAGAGCAAUUUCUAGAAGGCUGCAUGCUACCAGAAAAAGCCUUUCUCACAAUAAAGCAAUCUUUGAUUCUUGGUAAAUCACUGUAAAAACAUUUGCCCUCCCCACUCUCCAGUAUAUAGGUAAGUUCUUUAAGAAUCAGCCCAUCUCAGCUGGGGUAGAUAAACCAAGGAAAGUGGUUUGUGUCCAAACACAGCAUGCUGUACACAAGAGAACACAUGAAAGAACAACCCACUGGAGAGAAGAGAAGCAGGGAACACACGUGGGGCCAACUAAGCCACCUCUGCCCACCUAAGAGUUCUAAUUCCAGAGUUCUCUGUACAUAUCAUGGGGGCUUCUUUUCUGUGAACAAGAGAAACCCUUCCUUCAGUUUUUCUGAAUGGACAGUCUAUCACUGCUCAGGGAGGGCGAUUUGAAAGGGGAGGGGAAAAAGACUUUCAUAGUCACUUAAUAUUUUGCCUACGACUGGGCCCUGAGUGUCAUUUUCGCUCUAGGUUGAAAACCAAAAGGCAAACUGGGAAACAGAACAGAGGGGCUGGGCAGAAGGUCACCCCAUUUGCCUGCUCCCCCACCUGCGCCCACAGCCCACAGCCACUCUUGGAUAACGUGCUUCAUCCCAUCAUCUCCCAAGUAGGAGAUUCUGCAGCCUCCUGACCCCUGCCCUGAGGCAACCAGAGCGAUCAUGCUGAAACUCAACCACCAGGAGGACCCCUUCCCCUUCUUAAAAACCAUUUACUCUCAUGUGGCCUCAGGAUCAAGUCCAGAUUCCUUGGAGUGGCUUACACCCUCCGUGAUGGGUCCCCCGGCCUCUGCAGUCUCCUGCCACCUGGGUGCUCUACAGAAACCAUAAGCUGCGCCGUGCCUAGCAACUCAUGGCUCAGCCACUCUCUUUCACUUCCCCUCCCCUGUGCACUCACUCUUUGCCUGGCGUACAGGGCCCUUCUCCCCCAAGUCCAUCUAGAAAACACUUCCCCUUCAAGAUUGUGCUCAAACAGGACCUUGAGGAAAACUUCCCACACUCCACCUCCCGUCUGGGACCCCAGCGUGCUGUAUUUUCAUGACCCCUGCCCUGUUACCGAGUAAAUUCCUGGAGGGCAGGGACCACCACUUUGCAUUGCUGCAUUUCCAGCCCCUAUCACCAUUCCUGGCAGGCCACAGGUGCUCCAUAUAUUUUUGAUAAAUGAAUGAAUAGGAAAGCACUUCAGUGAACCGGGUGGCAUAAACUGAGACUGGAUACGUAAUAAUAACAAUAAGUCAGCUAAGAGUGCUUAGCACUUCGCUUGUUAUGUUCACACUCUCAUUCAAUGCUCACUGAUGCUCUCUGACAAAACAGAUCCUAUCCUUAAUGUUGAGCAAUCUGAAGCUCAGAAUAACUUGCCCAAGGUCACGCAGCUAGGAAGUGGUGGGGCUGGCAUUCAGACCCAGGUUCCUGCUUCAGAGCCCAGAUUCUGAACAACAGCCUGCAGUGGGUGAAUGAGAAGAGGAACAACCAUACAAGGCUCUCACGAGUACAAGGAGUCCCUGGGUUUGACGUUGCCAUAUUAUUGAUAUCAGUAGGAGAUUAAUAUUCUCAGAUCUGGAAAAGAAAGUGGCUACCAAGACCAUGGGGACAAAGCACAAGUGUAACAUAGAUUCAGCGACUGGUCUGAGUCGGGAGGAGACGGCAGAACCGGAGGCAUGACUGCACGAGCAAGCCACUGGUCCGGCUGGGGCGCUAAGGGGGGCUCUGGGCCAGAAAGAAAACUAUUUAUUGGACCAGAGUGCCAAAAAUUUUUUUGUAAAUAAUGAAAUAAAUCAUAAGUGAACUGUGGUUCAGGAGACUUCCCCACCUAAAAGAAGGGCCAUGGCUGUUUUCAGUCCUACUGAAAGACCCUGAACUUCAUCGGGGAGGCAAGGAUAUGGGAGCAACCAUGGGCCUGAAUCACAGGAAAAGUGACUGGAGUCCUGGGGAAAGGCCUCUCCUGUCCCCAACCCUGGCCUGGUGCUGAUUUGGGCCUGUUGCAACCGGGCACGGUUCGACCGCAAGGCUGCAACAUCCUGAGAGGCCGGCAGGGGAGAGGGUUCAUCUGAUCCCUUGCAGUUUCUCAGAAAAGCCUAGAAAACUCUAGCGGUCAGCCCACAGUAACGGCAAGAUGCAGUGUUAGCAGGAGCCCAGGAAAGGACUCUGGAGCUCUAGAACUGGUCCAGGCGGCGGCUGACACAGGAAGUCGGGCGGGCAGAGGGUGGCGGCUGCUUCUGCGCAGGGCUCUCCCGCUGACUCCGCUGCUGCCUGCAGAGUUGCACAAAAUCGGUUUGCUCGCUUCCUCUUGGCCCCAUCCCCACUUCCCCAAAGCCUUGUAUCUUUACAGAGCUUUUUGUUUGCUAGUUAACAGCAGAGGCUCAGAGAAAAACCAGUGCUCAGAGUCACCCCUGAAGGUGGCUCUCUCUUACAUCCCCUCUCCACCCGCCCCCCACCAUGUCCCUAUCUGCUUCUCGGUCAAGCCGGAGGGAAGAGGCGAGGCUUCCCCUGGGGGCUCAUCUCUGCCUCCAGGGCCUCUCAUUAGGGCCCCCAGCCCCGGAAGCCACCCCGGCUGUGGCGCCCAGGCACACAGGAGCCAUGGCUCGCUGUCCUGCAGCCCGAGCGUGUGGAGAUCCACUCGGCGCCAGCGUGAGGGGGAGGGAGAGGUGGGGCCUGGAGAUGAGGUCAGGGUUCCUUCGUUCUGAGGAACAGGAAAUCCUGCCCGGCGAAGAGGAACUGUGCUGGGUGCCCGGACCCCCGCCCACACCAAGUGUGUCAGGAGGUCUCCCGGCCCUAGCGAAGAAUCUAGAAGGGUUCAGCUCACUCUCAAGUUCCAGGUUCAAGACACUCAACAAAGUAAGGAAGCCUGAGUCUCGGCAGGGUAGCGUCAGCGUCAGGUGUCAAAAAGGCCUGUUCCCGCCUCCCUGCCGGGCACUGUGCUCAGCAGUGGCCGCCUGGUGGCAGCACGUCUCUGCUGCUGCCUGUCGGGGCCCAGGCUGCUGCCGAGGUAGAAAACUGGUAAGUAAGGAGGACCCAGGACGCCCCCUUGAAACGCUGCUGAACCGGCAACCUCAGAUGGUGCAGAAAAUGAAGGUUGGGCCAGCUAUGGCAGACAGUGAAUUUUGUGUCACUUGCCUGCUCUCCAGCUCCUGUCAAAGCCUGGCCAAGAAGACUAUCAUUCAGAGAUGGUGGAGAGUAGCCAGCCAGCCCCUCCUCCACACUCUCUACGCACUGCUGCUGCACCUAGCCAUGAUCAGGCGACAAUGCUGUGAAAUCGUAUUACUUUAGUUCCCUGCUGACUGUCCCAGAUGACCUUAUUCCCUCUGCUUUUUCUUAAAGGUUAAUACAGAAAACUGUUACAUGAAAUAUGUCUCAGCAUUUCAUCGUGACCCAAGAUAUGAUCUGUUGCUAUGUCCCUUACAUAAAGUUUCAUAAGAUAAAUUUCUCUGAGAAGUGUUAGUGCUAGAAAAGGGGUUGCUUUUCUUGAUAAACUGCUUUGCUCAUCUGGUUAGUGGGAGAGCUUGGUAUAAUUCACUUCUGUCUGAGCAGCCAGGAGUCUCAGAGCUGGUAUUCAGUCUCAGUAAUCAUACUUCACUUAGGUUUUCUAGGAUGUCUAGUACCCUGUAUCAUCCCUUGCCUCCUAGUGUUCUAGCAAUUCUGUCAUUCCUUGGGGUUUUUUUUGUUGUUGUUUGUUUGUUUGUUUUAAGACAGAGUCU